GUGACAAUGAGGUGUCUUGAAAACACUGAGGAUGCUGCGAUUCCCAUCUGCCAUUUUCCUCACUGAUUAUUUUUUUUUUUUAAUUUCUAAAUCUCGAUCUCGCAAAAGAGAUCACUCUUUCUAAAAUUUUGUAGCUUUUCAAGCAGAAGAGAUAAAUUCCAAUUGAUGGACAGCAAAUCGAUGAAAGCUUCCAUGUUAGGCCUCAAUGCAUGAAAGAUUGUUUCUUUUUUCAGGGACAGCAAAUCCAAGAAAGCUUCCAUGUUAAACCUUAGUGCAUCGAAGGUUGUUUUUUGAGGAAAUCUCAUUCUAUCAGACUCAAUUUUUGUGUUAUUGGCCAAGAGGUGAAGUUUUCAAUUUUUGAUUGGAAGUUAGGAGCUGGUUGUUGUUGCUAGUUUAGCCACAACAAUGGCACUAGCACCUGUUCCGAAACUCGUGCUUGGUUCAGUUGCAUUUGCAAUCUUCUGGGUAUUAGCAGUUUUCCCUGCUGUGCCUUUUCUACCAAUUGGAAGAACUGCAGGGUCAUUGCUAGGCGCAUUGCUUAUGGUUGCAUUCCAAGUUCUGAGUCCGGAUCAAGCUUAUGAAGCAAUUGAUCUACCAAUUCUCGGUCUUCUUUUUGGCACAAUGGUUGUUAGUGUUUAUCUUGAAAGAGCUGAUAUGUUCAAAUACAUAGGGAAAUUGCUCUCUUGGAAAAGUAGAGGAGCAAAGGACUUACUUUGUAGAAUCUGUUUGAUAUCUGCGGUUUCAAGUGCUCUUUUCACCAACGACACUUCUUGUGUUGUUUUGACCGAAUUCAUAUUGAAAAUUGCAAAGCAGCAUAACCUCCCACCUCAUCCUUUACUACUUGCACUUGCCACAAGUGCUAAUAUUGGGUCUGCAGCAACUCCAAUUGGCAACCCUCAAAAUUUGGUUAUUGCUGUUCAAGGGAAAAUAUCAUUUGGAAAGUUUUUAUUUGGUGUUCUUCCAGCUAUGGUUGUUGGUGUUGUAGUGAAUGCGUUGAUUCUUAUGAUUAUGUAUUGGAGAGUAUUAUCUAUUCAAAAGGAUGAAGAGGAUCCAGUUGCUGAUUUUGAAGCAGAAGAAGAAGUUAAUUCUCAUCAAUUUUCUCCAGCCACAAUGUCUCAUUAUAACUCCUUUAAUUCUCAAGAAUGGAAUGCCCGUAUAGAUUCUUUUAAUAUUCACAACUCUCCUCGAGUUCAGAGUUUAAGAAACCGUUCAAUGGCAAGUGACGGUGAAAUUGACAGGGUUCUUUCUAACAGAAUAGAUUCUGCAAGAAACUCAAAUGCAUCAAAGGAGGGGACAAACGAUGUGCCUCCUCAGACAAAGGAGGAAACAAAUCCAACAAGAACUGAUGCAAUAGUAGAUAGACCGAUAGAAGCACGUGUUAUGCACACUACAGAAGGAAAGGACUACAUAAGCAAGAAAUUGAGAUAUGUACUAUGGAAAUCAUGUGUUUACAUAAUCACAUUGGGAAUGUUGGUUGCAAUGCUUCUAGGUUUGAAUAUGUCAUGGACUGCUAUUGCAGCUGCAUUAGCUUUGGUAGUUCUUGAUUUCAAAGAUGCUAUGCCAAGUUUAGAGAAGGUCUCAUAUUCACUUUUGAUAUUCUUUUGUGGAAUGUUCAUCACAGUAGAUGGUUUCAAUAAAACUGGAAUUCCUGGUGCUCUGUGGGACAUAAUGGAGCCUUAUUCUCGAGUAGAUCGUGCUAGUGGAGUAGCAAUACUUGCUCUAGUUAUACUCGUCCUAUCAAACGUGGCUUCAAAUGUACCAACAGUUCUAUUGCUUGGAGGACCAGUGGCAGCCUCAGCUGCUGCAAUUUCCAAAGAAGAUGAGAAGAAAGCAUGGCUGAUAUUGGCUUGGACCAGCACAGUUGCAGGGAACCUGUCACUGUUGGGAUCAGCUGCUAACUUGAUCGUGUGCGAACAAGCGCGCCGAGCUCCUAACAUUGCAUACACAUUAACAUUCUGGAGCCAUUUGAAAUUUGGUCUCCCUUCAACUCUUAUAAUCACUGCAAUUGGUUUGGCACUCAUAAGAUGAUUCAGUUACACUGAACAUCAAAUAGUCAUAGAUAUAGAUAUGUAUGCAAAAGCCAAAUAAGUUUGGUGCAAUGUGUUUUUAGGUAGUUUUAGAAUAGAUAUGUAUGCAAAAGCCAAAUAAGUUUGGUGCAAUAUAUUUGUAGUGUUGUCUUAGAAUAGAUAUGUUUGCAAAAGUCAAAUAAAUAUGUUUUUAUUCCAUAAAAUUUUUAUUUUAGUCUCUCAUUUUUUUCCUUUUCGUUUUAGUCCUUAAUUUUUUUAAAAUUCAACAUAUUUGAUCUCUAGUAAUGAUGUGAUGUAACCAAAAAAAUAAAAUUGACAUGUGGUAUAAAAAAUUAACACAUGGCAACUUCACACCAUUAUUAGGGACUCUAAUAGUUGAAUAUAGAAAAAUUAAAGACUAAAAUUAAAAGAAAAACAUUUUAAAGACUAAAAUCAAAAUUUUAUUAAAAUAAAAAUAUAGGAAUUAAAAUUAUAUUUAAGUCUUUAGGAUAUAUAGGAAAAUAAAUGUAAUUGAAUAAUGAAUUUUGUGUUUUGAUCAUUAAUGCCAAAAAUGAUUGAAUCACUGUGAUUAUUCUGAAAGUAGACCAGGGAUGAUGGUUUUGAAUU